GAGGUGAAAGUGUGUAUGAAUUCUGAAUAUCUAAAUAGGACUUAGACAUACAACACACUAUGUGCACUGAUGGAUGUUGUAUUAGGUUUCUCCCCUUUGUGUUUUCCGGCCUGCAGCUAGACCCCAGGUUGUGAUACAAUGCACUUAUCAGGUAAUAGCACAUGAAACACUGCAUGUUAUGUCAGACUUUAUUUUUCUGCUUGUUCCUCUGUAACUUCACAUCACCUUUGUGCUUGUGAUGUGCUUCAUUGUGUAUGUGGCAGGAUGCUUUUGUCACAUAGGAUUUUGAUUAUGUUUUAAUUCAACAAAAUAGACAAUGCAGGGACACUAAAGUGUGUAUUUUAUUAUUGAUACAGAUGCAAAACUUGUGUGUGUUGUGUAAAGCACCUUCUUUUGAAGGACUAGCAGGAGCAGAAUGAGAUGAGGGGUUAUUUUGGCGAUGGAGAUUAAGGCAGGGGCUUUUUGUCAUUUGUGCGAGACAAGCCAUUCAUCCAUCCAGUUCACAGCCAAAAAAAGGCUGGUCCCAGAAAUUAGCAGUUUCAGCUCAGCAGCAAAGUCGUCGGGCUGUGAAGGCAGAGAGAAAUUGACUAAUUAGCAAUGCGCACUAAAACUUGACGGUUCUCUCUAUAACAGCGAGGGAAAGACUCGGUUUUUCUCCCCCUUUCUCUUUUCUUUCUUCCAUAGAUGUUUGAAAUCGCAGUCAUUUACGCUCGACAGUUUUUACAAUAGCCUUGAGCCAUAAUUUUGCGAGUCUCUCCAGCAUCCAUACCCCUGCAUGGUCUCUCUCCACCGGCCAUGCACGACCGUUUCUCUCCCCAACCGUGGAUUUCCUAUUACUCUCGUUACGACUCACUGAGCCCCAGGCCCAAGGAUAAUGAUGUGUUGUUUCUUGGUAGCAUAAUUUGUCACACGUAUAUUUCUUCUUCUUCUUCUCUUGCAGAAAGCACAGCUCCCUCUCACACUCACACACUUCUUGUUAAUUCAGAAGAACAAAUGAUCAACGUCAACAAAUAACCUGAAAUAGUGACUUUCUGAGUUGGAAUCAAUGGUUAUUUUGAGACAUCACCGACCAUAGACUUUAAAGGAAAAGGACACUUCUUAAAAAGGGAAGAACAAAGGACAAAUCAAGUGAGAUUAUUGGGAACCUGAAGCUUUACUUUUCUUUUUUUGUCAAGAGCUGAAGUCAGGUGGCGUUCACAGUCAGGAAGUCAUGUCCAGAUCGGGUGAUAGAACAUCCACCUUUGACCCAACACACAGUGACACCCUGCUGCACGGGCUCAACCUCUUAUGGAGAAAACAGCUGUUCUGUGAUGUGACUCUCACUGCCCAGGGACAGCAGUUCCACUGCCACAAAGCUGUGCUGGCAUCCUGCUCCCAGUAUUUCAGAUCUCUCUUCUCUUCCCAUAAUGUCAUCAACAACGAGGGGAGCAAAGGGGACCAGGGCAGCAGUGGAACCCCCUCAUCCUCUCCUGAUGACAAGCUGGUGACCCCCAGCGCCAGGCCCAUCAAUAACCUAGUACUCCAGGGUUGCUCCUCCAUUGGACUAAGGCUAGUGCUGGAGUACCUGUACACUGCCAACGUGACUCUUUCCCUAGACACAGUGGAAGAGGUGCUGUCAGUCAGCAAGAUCCUCAACAUCCCUCAGAUUACCAAGCUCAGUGUGCAGUUCCUCAAUGACCAGAUCUCUGUUCAGAACUACAAGCAGAUCUGCAAGAUUGCCGCACUCCAUGGACUGGAUGAGACCAAGAAGCUGGCCAACAAGUACCUUGUGGAGGACGUGCUGCUGCUGAACUUUGAGGAGAUGUGUGCUAUGCUGGAUGCUCUGCCACCUCCAGUGGAGUCAGAACUGGCUCUGUUCCAGAUGUCAGUCCUGUGGCUAGAGCAUGACAGGGAGACUCGCAUGCACUAUGCCCCGGACCUUAUGAAGAGGCUGCGCUUCGCCCUCAUACCUGCUCCAGAGCUGGUCGAGAGGGUGCAGUCCGUUGACUUCAUGAGGAGUGACCCUGUGUGCCAGAAACUACUCCUGGAUGCCAUGAACUACCACCUCAUGCCCUUCAGGCAGCACUGCAGGCAGACUACGGCCAGCAGAAUUCGUUCCAAUAAGAGAUUGCUGUUACUGGUGGGUGGUUUGCCUCCUGGACCUGAUCGUCUUCCAAGCAAUUUAGUCCAGUACUAUGACGACGAGAAAAAGACAUGGAAGAUCCUCACAAUAAUGCCUUACAACAGCGCUCAUCACUGCGUGGUGGAGGUGGAGAACUUCCUGCUGCUAAUGGGCGGAGAGGACCAGUGGAACCCCAACGGAAAACACAGCACUAAUUUUGUCAGCCGCUAUGAUCCCAGAUUCAACAGUUGGAUACAGUUGCCUCCUAUGCAGGAGAGGAGAGCCAGUUUCUUUGCCUGCCGCCUGGAAAAGCACCUGUAUGUGAUUGGUGGUAGGAACGAGAGUGGCUACCUCUCCAGCGUGGAGUCCUACAACCUGGAGACUAACGAGUGGAACUACGUGUCGUCUCUGCCACAGCCUCUGGCGGCACAUGCAGGAGCAGUGCACAAUGGCAAGAUCUACAUAUCAGGAGGAGUGCACAAUGGCGAGUAUGUGUCCUGGCUCUACUGUUAUGAUCCCGUAAUGGAUGUGUGGGCGAGGAAACAGGAUAUGAACACAAAGCGUGCCAUUCAUGCCCUUGCUGGAAUGAAUGACCGCCUGUAUGCUAUUGGUGGAAACCAUUUGAAAGGUUUCUCCCAUCUUGACGUAAUGUUGGUGGAGUGUUAUGAUCCAAAAGCCGACCAGUGGAACAUACUACAGACGCCCAUCCUGGAGGGUCGCAGCGGCCCGGGCUGUGCUGUUCUGGAUGACAGCAUCUUCCUCGUCGGAGGCUACAGCUGGAGCAUGGGGGCCUAUAAGUCUUCUACCAUCUGCUACAGCCCAGAGAAAGGAACAUGGACAGAGUUGGAGGGAGAGGUGGCAGAGCCUUUAGCAGGCCCAGCCUGUUCCACAGUCGUACUGCCUGUCUGCCUCCCCUUUAACAAAUGACAACUAAUACUUCCAACAGACGGAGAUGAGGGUGAGGAGCAGCGCAGUAAAUGGGUGGAGGACCAUCAAUAAGAAAAACAGCUGUCAACAAUUUUGUGACAAACCCGCCUGUCAGAUGACAGGGGUGUGUAUAAAUUAUUUUUUUACAGGAUUGACCAGAGCACUUUCGUUAUUCCCUACUGAAGGUUUGAAAAAAAAGAAUAAUAACUAUGUAAGUCAUGUAUUUAAUUUCAUCUGUGUUCUGAGAAAUGGUCAGUUUCAUACUUGAUUUACUUUAAACUGAUAGUAAGUGUUUUUGGCUUCUCUUCUAUAGCACGCAUAGUGUUGACCUGAAUUAUAGCUUUCAAAUCCAUUGUAUCUUGUAUUCAGUAGAGGCAUAAUUCCUCCAAAAUGCAGUGUUGUUUCAUGGACUGAUUCUGGGAGAAGAGGGGGUCAGUCCCAAAUCUUCAUGGAGUUAAAGUAGGGCUGGGUGAGUAUUGCAUCAACAGUGAUGAUCAAGGUGUGUAAAUAUCCUUCAUCACUCACAAUUUCUCUUUAUCCUGGCGCAUCACUUGGGCAAAUUGGGCAAAAGUUAAUUUCUUACAACAUAUUUACGGUGGCAGGUAGAGGUCAAACGCU